AUGAACAUAAAUAUAAUACAGACGUAUGCUCCCACAGCCGAUAAGUCCACAAAUGAACUUGAGGCGUGGUACACAGAAUUGGAGGAGUUAAUAAAAGUUACUAAGAAACAAGAUCUUACAGUCAUCAUGGGAGAUUUUAAUGCGAAGAUAGGCCAAGGGCGAUUGUCGGAUUUGGUUGGCGAGUUUGGGUUGGGCGACAGAAAUAACAGGGGCGAAAGGCUCAUUGAAUUUUGCCAACAACACAACAUGGCUGUAACAAAUACCUGGUUCAAACAUCACCCUCGCAGACUUUACACUGGACGUCACCACAACAUACGAAUACCAGGACAAGUGAGACCAAAAUGGAAAAUCAUUAAAAGGCCAAAACCUAAAGGAAAACCAGAUGUGGAACUUCUGAGGGACGUCACAAUAAAACAAAAAGUAAGUCAAGAACUAAACGAGCACCUCGCAAAUAUAUCUCGGGACCUUGCCCUUACCACUGAUGUGGAUAGCACGUGGAAAGCUAUAAAAGACAUCUUAAAUGGGACCAUUGAAGCAAAUCUGAAACCAACUCCUAAAAGAAAUAGGAGAGAGUGGAUGACAGGGGAAAUCUUAAAUCUGAUGGACUCACGGAGGGAAUGUAAAGCCGCUAAUGACAUAAAUAAGUACAGACGUCUUAACAGAAUAAUCCGCAUCAAAAUAAAAAGUGCUAAGGAACAUUGGAUAGAAGCCAGAUGCUCGGAAAUAGAGGAAUUGCAAGGACGUCAUGACCAUUUCAACCUACAUAAGAAAGUGAAAGAUUUUACAGCGACGAAUAGAAAAACUGCAGUCCACAACAUAUUGAGCUCCGAUGGAAAAUUAUUAGACUCCACAGAGGGAAAACUACAAGAAUGGGAAAAAUACAUCAAGAAUCUGUUCGAAGGCGCCAGAGCAGAGCCCUACCAGACGGACAUGAACGCGGAAGAACCAAGUAUUCUGAAAACCGAAGUAGAGUACGCGAUAAAACAACUCAAGGCAAACAAGAGCCCAAGGCCAGGCGAAAUAUUACCGGAAAUCUUAAAGCUAAUAAGCGAAGAAAACCUGCUUGUUGCUCUCUAUAACUGCGUUUAUGAAACUGGCAAAAUACCUCAAGAAUGGUUAGAAUCAAUUUUCGUACCAUUGCCAAAGAAAAAAACCCCAAAGACUGCGGAGACUUUCGCCUAA